GGUGGCCUUGGUGAGGACAUUACGCGAAAUGCGGAUGUAUGUGUAAAGGAACACACGUGAGAAGUGUGUGUGUUUGUGUGUGUGUGUUUUUUUUUUCUGUCGCUUUUUAUUAAAGAUGAAGCGAACAAAAGGAGAAAGUGAAGAGGGUUUCGAUGUGGAUCAGGACGUUUUAGAUCGGAUACUGAACAAGCUGUACGAUUUGGGAGAUGAAGCAGGUGACAAAAGGUCAAAGAAAAAGCACAAUAAAAGGAAAUGGUCGAAGCAGGAAGAUGAAGAGGUGGACAUGAUGGCGGAGGAAGAGAACGUAGAGAAGCUCGAACGCGAAAAGGACGACAAAAGCGCGAGUCACCUGACCAAAGACGCCGGCGACGGAACCUCUGCGUCGACGUCGUCCGACUCCAGGGGUUUAGAACGGAAAGCGUCGGAUGUGGAGAUCAUUACGUUUCAGGAUCCACGGAAGAAGAACAAAUUAAAACGAGCUUCUGAGACAGAAACUAAACCAACUGAAGUAAAGGAGAAGAAGAAAAAGGAGCCUGAUGUUCUAACAAUGGAAAAGGCUCGGCUGGACGUCCACCGCUUCGGUAUAACAGGAUUCCAGAAGCAAGAGCAGAGAGUUUUCGAGCAGGACCGAGCCAUCAUGCUGGGAGCCAGGCCUCCGAAGAGGAACUACAUCAAUUAUAAAGCGUUACAGCAAACGAUAAAGGAGAAGAAGAUGAAAGAAAAGGAGGAGGAGGCCAAGGCUGACACACAGAAAAAGAAGAAGAAAUCAUCUGGAAAGCAAAAGAACGUGAAACAGCAGUCCGGUUCCUCCGGAGCACAACCGAUGGGACACGUGGGCCGCUUUAAGAACGGCAUGUUGGUGCUGAGCUCCAAGGACAUUCAGAAGCUAAACAGCAAAGUGAGAGUGAGAAAGUGAGAGAGAGAGAGAACAUGAGCAUGUGAGAAAGAGAGAGAGAAUGAGUGUGUGUGUGAGAGAGAGACAGAGAACAAGCGUGUGAGAGAGACAGAGAAUGAGUGAGUGCGCGAGAGAGAGAGAAAUAGAGAGAGAGAGGGAACAUGAACAUGCAAGAGAGAGAAUGAGUGAGUGUGUGUGUGUGUGUGUGUGAGAGAGAGAGAGAGAAUUAGUGACAGAUAGAGAGAGAGAGAGAAUGAGUGUGUGAGAGAGAGAGUGAACAUGAACAUGCGAGAAAGAGAGGGAGAAUGAGUGAGUGUGUGUGUGUGAGAGAGAGGAUGAAUGAGUGAGUGUGUGUGUGUGAGAGAGAGAGACAGAGAGAGCAAGCGUGUGUGAGAGAGAGAAUGAGUGACAGAUUGAGAGAGAGAGAGAGAGAGAAUGAGUGUGUGUGUGAGAGAGAGAGAGAACAUGAACAUGCGAGAAAGAGAGAGAGAAUGAGCGAGUGUGUGUGUGUGUGAGAGAGAGAGAGAGACAUUUUGCUGCUUAAUCAGGAUUCCACCAAAUGUCCACCACUGCGACCUGUCACUGAAGUGCAGAGCAGUGCAUUCUGGGUAAAAGUGAAGAAAUGUUUUAAUAGAAAUCCACUGAUACUUUUUGUUGUCGUAAUUACAAUAUUGACAAUAUAUCAGAACCAAUUACUGGAGCUUUAAAAUGAGUGGAAGUAUUUUCAUCAUGUUGUGUGUGUGUGUGAGUGUGUGUGUGUGUGUGUGUGUGUGUGUGUGUGAGAAACUUGAACAUAAAGACUAAAGAAUGAAA